UUUGCAUCCCCCAUGAGCCUUUGCACGCCGGUCAUCUUUCCUCGCUGAACUAGGCCAUAUUCGUACACGAUAAAUAGGACUGCUUGUCUACGUUUUCGUCAUGUUGUCCAGGGUUGCUGCAAUUUCCAAGACAGGAAAGAAAAGCCUUCAGCUGGCAAGAGCUUUGCCAAGGCUUGUGUCAACUACCAAUACACCAAAGAGUCCAGAUGCUGCUGUAGAUGACCCUCCAUCCAAAUCAGUAUGGGAAGUUUACAAGGAAAAGGCUGGUGUCUCAGCUGCAACAAUUUUUGGUGCUGGCCUCACUGCCACCCUGCUAUCAAAAGAAAUACUCAUUAUUCAUGAAGAGACACUUCUUGCAGCCGUCAUGGGAGGAACAAUUUUCUUUUUGGCAAGGAAAUUUGGAAAGCAAGUUGGAGAGGCAUUAGAUGAACAGUCACAGAAUAUCUUGGAUGCGAUGAACGAAGGCCGAAAUGCAAGGAUUAAAGCUUACGAGGAGGCAAUCGCUGACGAGAAAUCAGUGGAAGCUGUUUAUUCAUGCAGAGACCAGAUCUACGAAGUAUUGAAGGAAAACAAUUCAAUGAAGAUGGAAUUAGAAUACAGAGAAAAUGUCAAUAAAGUUUACGAAGAAGUAAAAAAGAGACUGGAUUUCCAAGUUGAAUUACAGCAACUGAAAAAGAAUCUUGAGCAAGAGCAUAUAGUUAGUUGGUUAGAAAAUGUCGUCGUGAAAAGCAUCACACCUCAACAGGAAAAGGAUGCAUUAGCCCAGUGUAUCAAGGACGUGAAACUUCUAGCUGUUAGCAGAGCAUAAUAAACAUCGAACAAUUUUUCUGAACGAGGUAAGAAUUAAAUGGCUGUAUUAUGGUUUGCCAUCGAGUGUUCUAAAGAAAUCAGCCUUUGUCAAUAUCAAAUGUUCUAGUGUAGCAAGCUUUAAUUCCAGUUGUCAGUGACAUUUAUAAGUAUUGAAUAAAAGACUUUAUCAGCUGUCUCUGUAUCUUCGUCCCUUUUCUUGUUUUGUAGCCGUGGGCAACAAAUGAAACUUUCUUUUGAAAUAAAUCUGUUUUCAAAUGUAUGUGCUUCUAGGAGCUUUGUGCAACUAAUUUGAUUUUCUUUUGAAAUGAAUCUUUUUCCAUACAAGUAUGUUUUAGUGGAGCUUUGCAGUCACCAUGGGGUUUGCAUUGUAAAAAAGGGAGCAAUUUAAAGGGCAAAAAACUUUUGCUUCAGUGAAGUUUCUAUGUUCGAUUAAUUUACGAUCUGGACCCGUUCAUUUCUCGAUUCUGCAAGCAAGUGGUGUGCGUUCCAAUAGCUUGUGGUAUGACGGUCAGGCUGUCAAUUGGAAUCACCGGGCAAGAAUCGGGAUAUUCAAUAGAUCCAGCCAAAAAUUAUUCGCCUAACGUUCUCCAUAGAAGUGUUUAAAAUUCAUCACCAUCUCCACGCCCCAUACACCUCCAAGUACCCUCCCCACCUCCACAGAAAUACCCAUUCAUCACAAAGCACCACUUUAUAUUAUAUUGUCCAGUUAAGAUAAAUAUUAUCCAAUCCCCUCCUCCAACGGUUGUACAAGUGACACACUUCAUACACCACGUGCUGACAGGAAAACUGAAUCUACAUUCCGCUUUCCUCCAGGAAUCGAGGGUAAUUUUAUAUUGCCGAUCGACAGAUGAUCACAGGGGUCUUAUCUUUGCACAACCGGCAAUAAUUGAUCAGCUUAAGGGAAAGAAAGAUAACGUGAGUCCUAUAUACGAUCCGUAGGCAUGUUAGAAAGGGUACUUGUCCUGGGCCAACAGUCCUGGGCCUUCAGUAUUCCCAACUGGCUGUACGUUUGCUGUUGGGUAAAUGGCAGUAAAAAUGCAUAUAGAGAAUCAAAACAGAUAAGAGGAGACCGGACACUAAGCUGAAUUUGAUAUUAAACACUCUCGCAUACAAACAGAAAACAAAAUUAAAUGUCUCGCGCAAUUUUUUAUGAGGCUAUGUCUUCAUUCAUUCUGUAGUUUCUUUUGACUUGCUAAGAUUUUUCUUUUGCGCUCUUCUAUGCCAGCAAAUACCUCUUCAUGAUGACC